UUUGCCGAUGGACGGCAGCUCGCCCGCGCCGGUCUUCCCGCGAUCCGGCCGGGCCGCCAAAGCCGUUGGGAUAUUGACCACUCUAUCUUUUCGUAUUUCAUCCAGGUACUGCUGGUUCUUCGCACAACAGCGAGUGCUUCUCUCCCAUCCUCGCGCUUCAUCAUUGGUUGUCUCUUUCUUCACGUAUUUACACAACAAUGGAGGAACAAGCACAUAUCCCCACGCGCCGUCGUCUUCUUCGCGACAUUCGGGUUUACGCUGUCGCCUCGUCUGCUUUCCUUGGAUUGAUUCUUGAUGGGUACGACACUGGUAUCGCCGGCGGUGUAGUCAGCAAUGCAUGGUUCCAAACCCAAUUUGGCUUGAACACUGCCAAUGCCAACGACCUGUCAUCCAACGUAGUCUCGGUGCUGCAGGCUGGGUGUUUCUUUGGUUCGCUCAUUUCUGGUUUCACAGCAGGCUGGGUUGGACGUAAGUGGACUCUAGUCGGCAGCUCGGUCAUCUUCAUUGUCGGUGCCAUCCUCGCUACGGUGGCGAAAGAUCAAUACACACGUGGUCUCAGCUAUAUCUACGCUGGUCGCGUCAUUUGCGGCUUGGGCGUUGGCGCCAUGUCAUCCAUCGGUCCGUUGUACGCCGCGGAGAUCUCCCCUAGAGAAAUUCGUGGUCGUGUCGUCGGUCUUUUCAUGGUCAACGUUGCUACUGGCGUGCUCCUCUCUUACUGGGUGAACUACGGUGUUGCUAUCCAUUCUCCUCCCAAUUCCGCUGCCAUCUGGCAAAUUCCAUUUGGUGUUCAGAUCCUUCCAGCGGGCCUGAUGUUCAUCACACUGCUGUUCUGCAAGGAAUCUCCCCGUUUCCUUGCCCUCAAGGGUCGUACCCAGGAGGCCAUUGAUGUGCUCUGUUGGUAUCGCCGCGCGAGUCCGUACGACGAAGAGGUCAAAGGCGAGAUUGCCGAGAUUGAGGCCACCAUCUUGGAGGAACGGGAGGCCCGUUCCGGCCUCACAAUGCGCGAAGCAAUAUUCGGAAAGGGGAACUGGCCUCGUUUCCUGAUCACAUUCUUGAUUAUGCUGUUCCAGCAAUUCUCCGGUCAGAAUUUGGUUAACUACUACGGUCCUCAGCUCUUCAAGGCUAUCGGUUAUGUUGGUCAGACACCUGCUCUACUCGCCACCGGUGUUUAUGGAGUCGUCAAGCUCGUUGCCAGCUUUAUCUUUGUCUGGUGGGUCGUGGACAAGUUUGGUCGUCGCUGGUCGCUCUUCUGCUCUGCUUUGGGCAUGGGCAUCUGCUUCAUCAUUGUCGGCGCCCUCUAUCUCACGCACCCACCCGACCCGAAUGGAACCACCCCGUCUCCCGCUUCCCGCGCGAUGGCCGGCUUCAUCUAUCUCUACUGCUUCUCGUACGCCAUGGGUACCGGCGCCCUACCUUUUGUUUACUGCUCCGAAAUUUUCUCCAACCGUGUUCGUCACCUUGGCCUCGGCUGGGCUGGCAUGAACCAGUGGAUCUGGAAUUUCACAAUCUCCAGGACGGCACUCAAUAUCGAGACUGGCCUGGGUGGGAAGACCUUUAUUUGCUUUGGUAUAAUCAACAUCUUCGGCUUGGCUGUUCUGGCCUACUUCCUUCCGGAGACUAAGGGCCGCACACUCGAGGAGAUGGACGUAAUCUUCGGCUCUAUUAAGGCUGAGGAGCGCAACGCCGACAUUCAACGUGCCGAGAUCGAGAUCGCUGCUGACAUGAAGGCGACCGAUAUUGAGAUGGCCCACAAGGAACACAAGGCUGGGUUUGCUCCGACCCAGGGAUCUGCAGCGCCUGCCAUAGAGGCUCCGAAGGAGGACACUGCAUACAUUGAGAAGUCUUAAGCGGUGUAGUUCCG